CGUAAUAGGGAAUUAUCUGGGUCACUUAGUGUAGGAAGAUUUUAGGACGCAGUACACUAACUAGCAAGUAGGGAGUGAGUGUGUGUGUGUGUGCGUGUGUGUGUGUGUGUAAAGUGUAGCAUUAGGCGUUUAACGUCCGCAUUCAGCCGCGCCUUUGGGGCUUCACUGAGCUGGCCAGCGCGCAGGGUUCCUUGGGCGCACCUGCUCUGAGCCAAGAAGAGCUAGAUUUUCUAAGACGGAGGGGGAAACCCGGUCCUGCGGUUGUGAAUCAGCUGAUUUCCCUGGCUGCUUCCCGCUCCCUCUCCUUCAACUGGUCGCUUCCUUCACUCCCCUCCUUCACUCCCCUGCUCUGUGGCCCGGAUCCUCGCCAAGGCUGGCAGCCAAACCAGACUGCCGCAGGCAAACUUGUAGUCUGGUUUUGCCUAAGCUAGGAGGAGCCUAGAUUUCCGGGCACGCUGUCUUUCUUCCCCUAUUCUGGACUCUCAUCCAAGCAGAACCUUUAGGUCGGUCUCCUGGAAUCCUAGGAAGGCAGCGCUCUUUCUAGGUGUAGACAUUGUUAUCGGAGACGGGCGUGGUACAGGCGUGUCCAGCUAAGACGCCACGCAGGCCCGCCGCGCCAGGACCCAUGAAGAGCAGGACGUCCUCCUUCGCUUAGGCGCCCCCGCCCUUGUGGGUAGCUGAGAACUCCAGGCUCAGUCCCGCGUACACGUAUUCGGCGUCAAUGCGCCCCGAAGCCCCGCGCUGGGUACCCAGGGAGCAAAGUCUGGCAGGCUUUUCCCAAAUGGGACGAGAAGGCCGAAGGGCCGGUUGAUCGGUCAGCAGUGCGUUUCCUUGAGCACGCGGAGCCGGAGGAGGCGGGAGGCGAGAAACUCAGGGGCCUCCAGUUUCAGGUCUCGGUCGUUUUGCAGAGAUCGGCUUUUUCCCCGGGCGCAUUUCUAAGUAGCUGUCUCCCGCCCUCCCUCGCUCCUGCCCCCUCUCCUCCCCAGUCCCGCCCUCCCGCACACGCUGACCGGGACACACCCUACCGCAGCGACGCAAACAGGGCGUUGUUCCCGUUAAAGGGGAACGCCGGGAGCCUCCCGCUGCCCCCUUGCUUCGCGCGCCCGCAGCCCGGCAGCACCGCAGCCUUCGGGACUCCGGCCACCCAGGGGACGCCUCGCGUCUGCGCCUCGGGCCAGCCUGCUCCGGAGCACCCAGUCCUUGGGGCUGAAGGAACCCCGCUGAGCACACCUCGCUGCCAGAAUGCUCCUCCUGCUGCUGGGGAUCAUCGUCCUGCACGUCGCUGUGCUGGUGUUGCUGUUCGUCUCCACGAUCGUCAGCCAAUGGAUCGUGGGCAAUGGACACUCGACUGAUCUCUGGCAGAACUGCAGCACGUCUUCCUCCGGAAACAUACAACACUGUUCCUUGUCAUCGGUAAACGAAUGGCUGCAGUCUGUCCAGGCCACCAUGAUCCUGUCCGUCAUUUUCAGCGUCCUCUCUCUGUUCCUGUUCUUCUGCCAGCUUUUCACCCUCACCAAGGGAGGCCGCUUUUACAUCACUGGAAUCUUCCAGAUCCUUGCUGGUCUCUGCGUGAUGACUGCGGCAGCCAUCUACACGGUGCGGCACCCCGAGUGGCAUUCCAACCCCGAGUACUCCUACGGCUUCGCCUACAUCCUGGCCUGGGUGGCCUUCCCCCUGGCCCUCCUCAGUGGCGUCAUCUAUGUGAUCUUACGGAAACGUGAAUGAGGUGCCCUGACUGUCUGUCUGAGGCUCUGAGCGUACACAGGGAAGGGAGGAAGGAAACGAGGAAACAGGAAAAACAAAAACCAACAAAAAGAGUAGCCAAAUACCCAAACUCCAGCCAAACCAAACAGAAAGCAGUUGAGGGGGGGAUUGCUGUUGACUGAAGAUGUAUAUAAUAUCUAUGGUUUAUAAACCUAUUUAUAACACUUUUUACAUAUAUGUACAUAGUAUUGUUUGCUUUUUAUGUUGACCAUCAGCCUCGUGUUGAACCUUAAAGAAGUAGCUAAGGAACUUUACAUCCUAACAGUAUAAUCAAGCUUGGUGUUUUUGUUUUGUUUCCUGAUCUUUGGUUUUCCCCAGAAUAAACUAACUUGAUAUAUAGCCCCUUCCCCUUCAUUUGAAACAAGAUACCUCCCUCCCAUUCCACCUCAUAGGAAACCAAAGUGUGGGGAUAAACCCCAAGUGGCUGAAAGCCCUUAAAUUGUAGGUGACCCAGUGUAUCCACUAGAAACAUCCACUGCCUAAACUUCUGUGUGACGCCUUAGGCAAGCACAGCUAAAACGCCCAGACUGGAACCCUCAGCAAAAACAUGGUUGUGGCUUUGGAACACUUGCUCUUGCAGGUACGGUAUCUCGGUCACGUGUCUAAAUGAGAAAUCGGUGACAGCAAAUCUGUGAAAUGGUGCUAUGGAUUUACCAUUCCUUAUAUUAUCACUAAUCAUCUAAAUGACUCACUGGAAAUUCAGUUAACAAUUUUAUGACAUAAAGUAGAAUGGAGACCUAGAUAAUUUGUGUAAUAUAAAUGGUUUAUAACCGCUUUUGUACCUAGCUAGGCUGCUGUUAUUAUAAUAAUGAAUAAAUCUUAAAGUCUUCAUCACUCCCACAUUUUUCUUAUGGUCAGAGCAUCAGGACAAGUGUCUAGACCCUUGGGACUGUGAGUUCCCAGGGCUUAGGUGGGUCUAGAAUGUUCUGUGCCUCCAAGGACUGUCUGGCAAUGACUUGUAUUGGCCACCAACUGUAGAUGUAUAUAUGGUGCCCUUUUGAUGCUAAGACUCCAGACCUUCAUUUUUUGCUUUGCUUUUUCUGAUUUUAUACCAACUGUGUGGACUAAGACGCAUUAAAAUAAACAUCAGAGUAACUCACUGA